AUGGAGGCUGAGCCGGGUGGCGGUGGCCUGGGCCAAGCAGUGUGCAUCAUGACGGGCGCCUCGUGGGGCUUGGGCCGGAGACUGGCGUGCCUGCUGGCUCCACAGCUGGUGCCCGGCUCGGCCCUGCUGCUGGUGGUGCUCUCGGCCAGCGCCCUGGGCGAGCUGGAGGAUGACCUGCAUGCUGCCUGCCCAGCGCUGCGUGUGCAGGGCUUGCCUGCUGACCUGGCCUCAGACAAGGGGCUGCAGCGUGUGCUCCAGGCCAGGCAGGCACUCCACAGUGGGGCUGGCUGGCUCCAGUGGCUUCUUCUCAUCAACAACGCCGGUGAGCACCCUCCCGUUUGA